ACCGGUAUUUGUGCCGUUCCACUCUGUGUCUGUUUACUAAACUCGUUAAUAACGCAUCGGCCGGAUGUGACUGUCUGGUCGGUGCAGUGGACGUCAGGCAGCCGGCCUCAAUAAGAAGAUUUGAUGCUGUCCCUUCCUGGUGCCAAGUGUCAGUAUGGAUGAAGAAACCCUGGAGGCAGCCAUUGCUGCCUAUGGGGCCCAGCUGCAGCAGGUGGAUACGGCCCUGUCUGCAGGCCUGGACCCGUCCCAGCAGGCAGACCUGCUCAAACUGCGAGAGGACCUGUGUCAGCUGGUCGAGCUCACCCAGGGCAGUCUGAUCUCUGUGAAGAAGAGUCGUCUCCUGGCCAGCCUGGAGGACAGCAACGGUCUGCAGGCCCUCACCUCAGAGGCAGCCGCAGACACAAGCCGGGCCAACAGCAGCUUCGACUCCGAGUUUGCUUCUUUUUACACUGAGCUGGGGGAGUUUUCAGGUGGUGACACCAGAGAGAGGAACAAGGAGGGAGGCGGGGGGCUAGAAGAAGGUGAGGAGGAGGAGGAGGAGGAGGAGGAGGAGGAGGAGGAGGAAGAAGAAUAUGAAGAUACAUUCAGUGGUACCAGAGUACGAGCACCUCACCGGACAUCAUGGGGAACACUGGAGUAUCACAAUGCCAUGGUGGUUGGGUCAGAACCGCCAGAUGGGGACGAGGCACAAGUGAGAGUGCUCUAUGUCUACCCCACCCAGAAGUCUCUGAAACCAUGUCCCUACUUUCUAGAAGACAAAUGUCGCUUCCUGGAUAGUUGCAGAUUUUCUCACGGUGAAGUGGUGUACGUGUCGGAGCUCAGAGAGUUCUUGGAGUGUGACCUCAGUAACCUUGAAGAAGGCUCGUCCUGCUUGGUUCGACAAGAGGACGGCAUCUGGUACCCAGCAAAAAUACAAGAAAUAGACAACGGUUUCUACACUGUGAAGUUUGACUCACUGCUGCUGAAAGAUGCUGUGGUGGAGGCGGACUCUGUUAUCCCUCCUUUGAGAGAAGAUGACCCGCUGUCUUCUGACUCUGACCUGGACGACGCUGGAGACGAUGUGGCUUAUGCAAAAGUUCUGGACUCAGAAGUAGAAUCUGUUGUGUUAAAUACUUCUGAGUUUGGUGGCUGGGAGGCACAUACCAAAGGCAUCGGAUCCAAGCUGAUGCUCAAAAUGGGCUAUGAAUAUGGGAAAGGCUUGGGAAAGAUGCAGGAGGGUCGAGUGGAGCCAGUCACGGCUGCGGUGCUACCCAAAGGUAAAUCUCUGGACCAGUGUGCCGCUCUCACCCGGAAACACACCCAGAACAAGGCUGCAAAAGACGGCACACCGACGGGCAGGCCCAAGAAACGCAGGAAGCCUCGUGCUGCCAGAGGAGGGCGCAACAACGUGUUUGACUUUCUCAACCACAAACUAGGCGGCCAGAGCGCCAAUCAUGCUGAGGGGGGUGCUGCUGCUCACUCAGCAGCGACUGGGCUGGAGGCGUACAGGGGAGGGGAGAGCACCAAGAGGACUCUGAAUGUGAAGCUGUUCCAGGCGGCGCAGAGGGUGUCCCAGACAGAGAGGGAGAUCCAGAAAAUAUCCGAGUCACUGAGCAAGCAAAUAGGCUGGGGCGCAUCCAGAGUGAAGCAGCUAGAGGAGAGGCUGUCAGCGGCCCGCCGGCUGCUGGCCCAGCAGAAAGCCCAGGAGCUGUCCAUCCAGAGUGAGCACAGGAAGGCUGACACACACAAGAAGAUGACAGAGUUCUAAGCUCAAAGACUCGGGGGACAAAGGGAAGCACUGCUUGUCUGAAACUGAACUGUAGUUUAUCGUUUCUACCAUCAGUUUUUCGCUACACUGUAUUUUAGGCAUUUUUUUAGCAUGAAUUUUUGUUUUUACUACAUCAUGGAUUAAAGCUGGCAGUGGAGCCCACUUUAUGCAGAAUGGAUCAUUCUGCUGAAGAUCAGCUCUGUUUCUCAUUUAUUAUUCAAGGACUCUGCAGUUGUUCUUUUCCACGCUUAAUUUGUACUGUUCACUAUAAUAUUGAAAACGUUUUUUUAUUUGUGAUGAACAUUUUGUCUCAGUGUUUAUUCAGCACUAAAAACCAUGUGUUUUGGAAAA